AAAAAUUUAAUUUUUUUAACUAUUGUUUUCAGGCAGUACUAUCUACUUCAGGUGCACUGGUACCGGUGAAUGCAUUGAUACCGGUAAAUUCAAAAUCAACGUCAACUUGUUGACGUAGUCCAGGAACAGCACCCGUCCGAAUAGCACCGGCGCACACUGGGGCAAGCUGUAUGAAGGCGAUGCCCAAAAUUGAAUUUCUAAAAUGAGGGUAUUUCAAGAAACUUAUGACAAAACAUCAAAGUUCGAUAUAUUUCGCAUCACAUAGCAUUGAUAUUAUCCAUCCAAAGGUUAUCAGUUCGCUAAUAUAUUGCCACAAAGUUGAUAGAAUUGAUAGUUGUUGCAUUUGCACUAUUUCGUCUGCGUGAUUCAAGUGUACAUAACUUCACUGUUAUUGAAGUUAUCCAAAAACUAAAAUAUGUCCAGUGAAGAUCAAGAUAUGUCGAAAAACGUCAUUAUCAGUAGAAAAACUUUAGUAGAAGUAUUUUUUAAGAGUAAAUAUAAAUCAUUUGAUAGUAAAUUUAAAGAAAUAAUAGAUUUUGUUGCUUCCCAAACGAAUUGUCCUACGCAAUCUCGUACAGAUUUAACUUUACAACUGCGUAACUUCAAGCGACAAUUUAACACGAAAUGGUUACUACACGGUAAACAUAGAGAAAGACUAUUCGCUAAUGAAAAGACUUGGUUGGAUGGAAGUUGUAAAUUUACACGUUUUGUAGUCAUAAACUCAGGAAGGCCCACUUCAAAUUUUAGUGACUCUAGCGAAAAUUCAAAACGCAGAAAAACAUCUAGUCUGCGUGCUGAGAUGGAUGCAGAUUUUUUAACUUAUGCAGCACAAAUGAAGCUAAGGUCCUCAGGUAGAACCACAGAAGCACAAGUUAUUAAAAAAAUGUCAGUAUGUCCCAAAUACGCAAAAGACUGUUUUGACAUAUCUACCGAAAUAAAGGUCAAGAAAAUAUCACCGCGGGAAGCACUUUCAUUACUAAUUGAGGCUCAACUAUCUCGUAAACAAUAUGAAAUUAUCAGAAACUACGCUAAAGAUAUUUUUCCAUCUUACAAGUUGGUGCAGGCAGAAAAGGCUCUUUGCUAUCCGAAAGACGUUCAGGUUACAGAAACUGAAGCUGUCGUGCCCCUUCAGUCGUUGCUUGAUCACACUGCCACUCGUCUGAUACAUUCACAAAAAAGUGUUCUUCUUACGCAGUCAAUAAGCUCUUCGGAUAAAAUUGUAUUGCAUACGAAAUGGGGUUUUGACGGAAGCUCCAGUCAUACCCAAUACAAACAAAAGUUUAUUUCGGAGACUGCUGACGACAAAUAUAUGUUUUUAAGUAGUCUCGUUCCAUUAAGACUUUCGUAUGAGAAAAAUGAUAGCACAGUUGUUUUGUGGCAAAAUCCAAAGCCUUCUUCAUCACGAUUUUGUCGGCCGAUAAGUCUCCAGUAUCGUAAAGAAACUGAUGAAUUAGUCAAAGCAAAAAAACAAGACAUUGAUCAACAAGUUGAAAAUUUGUCACCAACAAAGAUUAAAGUGAAUGAGAAUGUAUAUGAAGUUGUGCAUAAGGCUAUUUUUACAAUGGUGGAUGGUAAAUUAUGUAAUGCCCUCUCAGAUACGAAAUCUACAUUGAAGUGUUAUUUAUGUAAUGCCACCUCUAAAGAAUUUAAUAAUUUAAAUACUGUUCUGCAAAAACCCGUCAAAAAUGAUUUCAUAUCGUUUGGUUUAUCAGUCUUACAUUGCUGGAUACGAUUGUUUGAAUUUUUUUUGCACCUUUCUUAUAAAUUACCCAUUCAGGAGUGGCGUGUGAAUAAAGAAAACAAAGAGACAGUAGAACAAAAUAAAAAACGAAUUCAGACUGAGUUUAGAAAACAACUAUCCCUUAUUGUAGACAAACCAAAACCUGGCUUUGGCAACAGCAAUGACGGGAAUGUGGCACGUAUUUUCUUCCAAAACUUUGAAAAGUCAGCCGCGAUAACACAGAUUGAUUCGCAGCUUAUAAAACGAUUCUACAUAAUAUUGCAAACGAUAUCAAGUGGGUUUAAAAUAAAUUCACACAAGUUUCAAACAUUUUGUCAUGAAACUGCUUCUCUUUACGUAAGUCUGUAUCCAUGGAUGCCAAUGACACCUACAGUCCACAAACUUUUAAUACAUGGCCCUGAAAUUGUUACCCAAGCUUUGUUGCCGAUUGGUCAACUCAGUGAAGAAGCCCAGGAGUCUAGAAAUAAGGAUUUUAAAACGUACCGAGAACGUUUUAGUCGAAAAACAUCCAGAACUGAAAAUCUCAUAGACAUCAUGAAUCGCUUGUUCAUAUCCUCAGACCCCAUCUUAAGCCUGAUGCGCAAAGUGCCUAAAAUGAAACGAAAACCCUUCGAUCCGGAGGUUAUUGAGAUGUUAGAAGAAGAAUAA